AUGCGUGGGACUCUUCCAUUUGACAUGCUCGAGCUGCAUAAGCAUUAUGGCGACAUCGUUCGCAUUGCCCCGGAUGAACUCGCCUUCUCCCACCCUGAUGCCUGGAAAGAUAUCAUGGGACACAAGAAAGGGGAGCACGAGCUCAGCAAAGCAGCGUGGUUCUAUCAACCGAUAGAAGAGCUACCUAGACAUAUUGUCAACGAAGAGAGAGAAGAGCAUGGCCGCCUCCGCCGACAAAUGGCUCAUGGAUUUUCAGAAAAGUCAAUGCGGUCUCAAGAGCCUUUGAUACGGAGUUACGUUAAUCUUCUUAUUCAAAGACUGCGUGAACGCUCUCGAGAUGAAAAUUCAGUCAUAAUAUCGGAUUGGUACAAUUAUACCACUUUUGAUAUCAUUGGAGACUUGGCUUUCGGUGAGCCGUUUGGCAGCCUGGAGGGCUCAAAUUAUGAUGCUUGGAUCAAAAGCAUCUUCCAGUCGGGACAGCUGGGUACAAUUAUUCAAACUCUGGCGUUCUAUCCUUCAAUCAAGAAAGUACUGCUAUCGUUGGUGCCGAAAUCAAUGCGCAACGCCCAAGAACAGCACAAUAGACUCACCAAGGCGAAGAUGCUACGAAGAAUGGAACGCACCGAAGGGAGGGACGAUUUGAUCGAAGGUCUGCUCAAAAAGAAGGAUGAAUUGAAUCUGACUGUUGAGAAAUUGAUUGCAAAUGCCGAGAUUCUCAUUAUCGGUGGCUCAGAGACGACUGCAUCUUUGCUGAGCGGAGUAACUUACCUUCUUCUCACAAACGAGGCUACAUAUGGAAAAUUGAAAAAGGAAAUACGCAAUGCUUUCCAAUCCCAGGAGGAGAUUGAUUUGAUCUCGGUCGCCCGGCUCCCAUACCUCCAGGCAUGCCUGGAGGAAAGACUACGCAUGUAUCCUCCUAUAGCAAAUGGGCUGCCGCGGGUCUGCCCUCCUGGCGGAGCGACAAUCAUAGGAAACAUGAUACCAGGAAAUACUUAUGUUUCCAUUCAUCAAUGGGCACUUUAUCGACGUGAAGAGUACUUCAAAGAAGCAAAUAUCUAUCACCCCGAGCGAUUCUUGGGGCAUCCAGAUUUUACGGACGAUAGGCGCGAGGUGCUGCAACCUUUCCAUGUUGGGCCAAGGAAUUGCCUAGGUCGAAAUCUUGCAUACAGUGAAAUGCGCCUGAUUCUCGCCUUGGUCAUUUUUAAUUUUGAUCUUCAAAUCUCGGAGGAAUCUAAUGACUGGAUUCAGCAGAAAAACUUCCUUAUGUGGCAGAAACACCCUCUGAAGGUUUAUCUGCAACCUGUUGUCUGA